UGUAGCCAUGGUGCUUCAAGACGUUCGGCAUCCAGGAGGUGCCUCUGGGUCCACACCAUGUCUUGGUCCUCUUUCGAUCUUCCUGCGAAUGAGUUCGCCGGGUUCCGCAAGCCGAAAGCCGAUGGCGGAGCCCCUGCGGGACCGAGGAAGGUCGCUGGGCGCCUCGCCGUGCCGCCCGCGGAGGGCGAGCACGCGUUCCCGCCGCAACCGCCCGUGGAGGUAGCGACGCCCGCACCCGUGAGCCGCCUCGGUGCGCCCUCCGCCGCGGACAAGGUCCGCGCGCGGCUGGCGGCGCUGAAGGGGGGCGGUGGGGCCACCACGGGAACCAGCUCGCGCGCGCCGGGCAUCGCAGUGCCCGUGGCCCCGAAGGGACCCAUCGGCCCAGAGAGGCCGAAGGCCGCGACGGGCGGCUCGGACGCUGCCGCCCCGGCAGCCUCCGUGUCCGGCCCCGAGGUCCUCGUCUUCCGCUGCACCGGGUGUCGCCACACCUGGGUGUCGGGGCGGGGCUCCACCAGUCUCGAGCAAAUCUGCAAGUCCUGCGGCGCCUCGGUCGUCGGCGUGCUCUCGGAGGGCGCUGUGAUGUGCGAGCUCGUGAAGGCCUCCCAUUCGGGCGCCGGCGAGGUGAUCAAGAUACGCUUUGACCGCCCGAUCGGCGCGGGCUUCCCCGCCCAUGAGCUGGAGGCGAAGCUGGGGGCCUUCGUGGAGUCCGAGCUGCGCUUCGCCGCCCGUUUCUUCGAGGAGGACGGCGUCAUGGACUACGUCGCGUACCGUCGCGGCGCGGGGGGCGACGGGCGCGGGGAGGGCCGUGAUGCGAAGCAGGAUGUUCUUAUGGUGGAUCGUAUGGCCUCCACGUUCGAGGCGCUCUGCAAGGCCGAGUUCGCGGGGACCAUGCGCGGAGGCGAGGCCGACGCGAAGCUGCAGGGGCUGCUUGGGGGCCUAGUGGAGUUCAGGUUCGUCUCCGCGCCCGAGCGGAUCGGUGGGGGCAGCAUCGGCUCCGCGAUCACCGCGGCGGUGGACUUCCGCCCCUCGCUGGACGUGGACGAGAGGGUGGCCGACAAGGUGGACGAGAGAGUGCAGAAGCUGCGGGGAGUCAUGCGGGAGAUGGACAAGAAGGUCCUGGAGAGCCACCGGGGCUCCAGGGGCCCGGAGCCGCAGCACCCCGCGCAGUGGCUGGCCCGGGUCAUCUCCGGCCUCGACUUCCACCGCGGCAUCGCCAACAUCUCGGGGCGGGAGGGCCACGACCGGGUCCGCUGCAUGACCUGCCGCUUCCUGGGCGAGGACUGCAGCUCCGACGUGGCCCGGUCGCAGGAGGUCCGAGGCGCCCUCCGCAGGCUGCCCAGCUUCGUCUUCCAGACCGGGCUGCUGCUCGGGCGGGAGGAGUCGGGGUCCAGGGGCUGGAGGGAAAGGGUGGGCCCCUUCCUGGAGGGCGUCGCGGGCACGCGCGGCGGCGAGUGCUUCAUCCUGGCGGCCGUGGACUCGCGCGACCGGCUGCGGCUCACGCUCUUCUCCCACCCCGAGUGGCUGGCGGGCGCCCGCGACCGCAUCGUGGCCUACGCGCAGGGCGGCCAAGGCGCGCCGCUGCUGUCGAGCCUCGUGGGCCUCGGGCGCGCGGCGAAGGGGCUGCACAUCGUGGACGAGAAGCCGGGCGCGCCGCCGCAGUUCGAGGCGGUGAGCGCCGUGGAGCCGCUGCUGCGGCUCUUUGGGCCUGGCGGCGCCGCGGCCCGGGGCCCCGCCCUCCAGGGCACGGGCGAGGCGGCGGACGCCUCCCUGCCGUCGCGGAUCUGCUGGGCCGGCGACGUGCCGAGGUGCAGCCCGGUGGACCGGAGGCUCUUCGAGGAGGCCCGCGGCGUGUUCCGCGCGGACUGCGGCUUCGAGUGCCUGGACGACCUGGUGGACUUCCUGCGGGACUUCCGGCACGGACGCGCGGAGGCGCAGGCCAAGCCGCAGCCGCGGCCCCCCCGGG